AUGCAUGGGUCGGGGAAGGCGGCGGCCCAGUUGCUGUUGGUCCUGAGUAUGGUCUGGCGCUCAGAUGCCCUCUGUUCGCCCACUGUGUUUUACAAGGACUGCUGGAUCCGACGCUUUCCAGGUUUCCUGAUAGACUUGGAGGAAUCUCAGAAGGUCGGAGCCCGGUUCCUCAAGUAUUACUCAGAAAGCACAGGCCAGAAGUGCGGCAGGAGCUGUUGUCUGACCAAGGACGUUCCUUGCAAUCUGGCUAUUUUCUUCCAUGAUCCCAUCCAUGACAAUGUCAACUGCCUUCAUGUUUACUGCCCAACCCUGGAGAGCUGCAUCUUACAGCCUAUGCAUAGUGCCAUCUUGUACAACAUCACCGCAGGUAUUGAUCCAGAUUUGCUUGUUUUCCAAAAAUCUUCUUCCAAAGAUCCGAAUACACGUUCUUCAUUUAAUAGAGGGAACAGGCUAAACAACAUAAAGGCUACUCAUUUAGAGAAACACCAAACUAUCAUGGCAAGCCCCAUGUUACUGUCAGUAGAGGCUCCAGCUUCAACCACACAUCAAGAUGUGAUUGUAAAUACCAGCAAUAUCAGUUUUUCUAAUGCUAUAACCACAGAUUAUUGGACAACAUCCAUUCCACUGAAUGUAUCAGUUACUACACAGAUAAAAAUGGCUUCUCCCAGGUCUGAUCUCCUCAAUAGUCCAGGUAACCAGACAGUUUCUCCUGCCUUUAAGUCAAUAGAAACAAAAGUUCUUUCCCACAUGUCUAUUCCAGAACAUCUCAACAGUAGCAAACAACUAUUGAAUGAAACCAAAUGGUACAACAGCAGGAACUACACUUCUGAAAAUGAAGGACAGCAGCCUGUUGGGGAAUCUUCAAACACAUGGCUGGUCCCUGUAGCACUCAGCAUAUCCAUCAUCCUUCUUUGCUCUUGUCUGGUCUUCCUUGCAUCAAGAUGCUGCCAGAAACAACAAGGCCAUUAUGAGCCAAGAUACAAUAAGACACACCAUUGA